AUGGCACUACAGCAUUCUACUUCUACUGCCUUUGUCUUUCAUCUCCUGAACUUUGAAAUGCUGGUCAUUACGAACAAGGAUUUUGUGGGUGUUAAGUACUCGUUCAUCCUUAACCAGAGGCUUCGGGUUGGAGCCCUUGGUAUCACCUUUGUUAGGGAGCGCUUUACCCCUGAUAUGAUCGAAAGAGAAAGACCCGGCUUGGCGAUAUGGGAUAGAGUUAAUAAGAAGAAUACAAAUGUUGUAUGUAAGUUUUGUAACAAGAUUACAACGGGUGAAAUUUAUCGCUUUAAAUUCCAUCUUAUUGGUGGAGAUAGAAACGUCACAAGUUGUCCGAAAUGCCCACCGGAGGUGAGGAAUGAAAUAAAGAAUUUUGUUGAGAAGAAGGAGCAAAAUAAUCAAAUGAGUCAUCAACCAUUGGUAACCAAUCUUCAUGAUGAUGAUGAUGAUAUUGAAGAAUUGUCACUUCCAACAAAACGGGGAAGAGAUGCAAUCUCUUCAAGCCAUGGAUCGACGGGUACGAGUAGGACUAAAGGUCCUAUAGAUUGCUAUUUCCCAAAGAAGCCGGAAGGAAAGAGCGGUGGAAAAGAUGUACAAAAAAUUGCUAAGGACAUUUUGAGGGAUCGUGCAGUUAGAGCUUUUGCACGAUGGGUCUAUGAUGCUGGGCUCCUCUUCAAUUGUGUCAACUAUACUGAUACUUUUGGAGACUUUAUUGAGGUCGUUAGUCAAUACGGACCUGGAAUGAAGCCUCCCACUUAUCAUGAAAUCAGAGGUCCUUAUCUAAUUAAGGAGGUGGAGGAGACUAAUAAAAUUGUGGAGGAAUAUAAAGUUGCGUGGAACAAGUAUGGCUGCUCCAUUAUGAUGGAUAAGUGGACGGCAAGAACUGAAAAAAUAAUUAUUAAUGUGUUGGUGAAUUCUCCCAAGGGAAGUUUGUUUCUUGAGUCCAUUGAUGCUAGGGACUCAUCCACUGACCACAUCAAAAUGUUCACCUUGUUUCAGAACACCAUUGAAAAGAUUGGCCCAAGCAAAGUUGUUCAAGUGGUCACUGAUAAUGCGAGUGAAAAUGUGAAAGCGGGUGGCAUGGUGGAAGGAGCGUACAAGAAUGUCUAUUGGACUCCAUGUGCGGCUCAUUGUAUCAACUUAAUCUUCGGGGACAUUUUCAAGGAAAAACCCUUCUCUACAGUUUUUGGCCAGGGCGUUAGGGUACAUUCUUAUAUUUCUCAGCGGCCCUUGUUAUUGAAUAUGAUGAGAAGAUUCACCAGACAAAAAAAAUUGGUGAAAUCGGGCAAGACAAGGUUCGCCACUACUUUCUUGACUUUGCAUAGUAUCCACUUGCAAAAAGCCAAUUUGAGAAAGUUGUUCACUUCAGAAGAAUGGAGCAAAAGUAAAUUUGCAAUGGAAAGUGCGGGGAAAGAUGUUGCACGCAUUAUUCUUUCUUAUUAUUUUGGGAAUAAUGUCCUUCAUGCUCUUAAAAUUGGUGGCCCUUUGGUUAAAAUACUCUGUUUGGUGGACGGGGAGCAAAAACCACCAAUGGGCUACCUCUAUGAAGCUAUGGAUAGGGCCAAGGAGGCUAUUCAAGCAUCAUUCACUGAUGAGCAGAAAUAUGCAAAGGUCUUUCAGAUCAUUGAUGCAAGAUGGAGUGAGCAACUUCAUAGACCUUUGCAUGCUGCUGGACUUAUUCUAAACCCGUCACUCUUUUAUGAUCAGCAUGAAAAUAAUUCAUUGGCUAGAGAACUGUGGACAGGAUUCCAUGAGGUUGUUAUCAAGUUGACCCCAAAUGAAUACUUGCAAGAAAAGAUAGUAGAUCAGCUUGCUAUUUACAAGGCAGCUGAAGGACUUUUUAAGCUCUGA